AACCGCCAGUCCCGGGCCGGGGCCUCGGGUGAGCUGGUGUGCGCGCGGCUGCUCCCGCGCGGCAUGGGGCUGUAGGGACGGCGCGGCCGCUGCCCCGCACAACCGGCACACGGACACCGCGGCUGCACCGCGGCGAGGAGGCCCCGGCGGCAGAGGAGGGAGCAGCGCCGCGGGGCAGCGAGCGGCAGGGCCGAGCACGGAGCGGCGCCGGCGGCUCCUUCAGCGCCGUGUCCGCGCUGCUCUGCCGGGGCUGCGGGCUGCGUCAGCAUGAGGGACCAUUACCCGGUGUCGCGGCACCGGUGCAGCCGCUAUGCACAGAGACUGAGAGCUGCGCGCACCGUGCGCUUCCCCAACGACGUCGUCUUUCAGGACCACAUCAGGCAGGGCGACCUGGAGCAGGUGGGCAGGUUCAUCCGCGCCAGGAAGGUGACGCUGGACACCAUCUACCCCUCUGGCAUGGCAGCCCUGCACGAAGCCGUGCUCACGGGAAACCUGGACUGCGUGCAGCUCCUGGUUAAAUACGGCGCCGACAUCCACCAGAGGGACGAGGACGGGUGGACGCCCCUGCACAUGGCCUGCAGCGACGGCCACGCCGACAUCGCCAGGUACCUCAUCUCCCUCGGGGCCAGCCUGGACGCCACCACGGACGCCGGGGACAAGCCGUCGGACCUCAUCGACCCCGAGUACAAGGACCUCCUGGAGCUCUUCCAGGCCGCCACCGUGGGCUGAGCGGGACUCGGGGCCGGGGCGGCGGCGGGGCCGGGCCCGGGCUGCGCCUGGGCGGGCGGCCGGGCGGCUGUCGCUCGGCACCGCGCCCCGGGGCCACUUUGUACUUUUCCAAUAAAGCGUCUCGGACACGG